ACAACUCUUUUCCUUUCAAAAAAUUUGGUCUAAUUCAACAUCUCCACAACAUGCACCACAAUCUAUAACAAGAUCAAUUAAAUCAACUGGUCAUAAGUUUUUUGUAUUAAAUGAAAUUAUGAAAAUAGGGACUUUACCUAGGAUAUCACACAAAAAGUCCUCCAAACCCAACAUAUUUUGUGAUGCAAAAGAUUGUGAUAUUAAUAUAGAAAUUGAUCAAUUACAGCUUUAUGGAAAAGUUCUAAUAUGUGAUCAUGGGUAUCAUAAUGAGUGUUUUCAAAAGAUGGGUUUUAAAUGUCAUUAUUGUUUAGAUUAUCUUGUAGAUGGAAUUGAUGUAUUAUCAUCCUUUUACAAUGAUAGAUUGGAAAGUCAAGUUACAAAAACUGAUCAAAUUGAAUUAGAAAAUCCUGAUGAAUUAGAUUCAUCACCAAAUGAUGAUGAUAAUAAUUUUGAUGAAUUCAAUUCUAGCUUACCAUCAAACAAUCUCAAUAUAAAUAUUAGAGCUUGCUUUAAUUAA